AUGAGCCUUUUACCAACCAUAAAGUGCUCCUCAUGUGGAGUUGAUAUCGACAUAUUGGAGCUGGCCGACCAUGUCUGUGCUCCGGCAGCUCCCUCGACAACUUCAACAAUUAUAGGGCCUUCACCGCCGCCAGCCCCCGACUCACUGACGUCGCCGAAGCUCGAUCGUGCUGCAACUUUUGGAGGCGCGUCUUUCAGCAACAGGCCAGUGGAACGGUCACCAUCGGGGCGUAUGCCUCCGCCUUCUCGAAUCGACUCUCGCGCAGCUAACAAACCAUUCCGUCCUUUGAGUCCGUCGCCGACGAGUAGCUACAGCGAUCCGCGGAGCUUGUCGCCUGCACCACAGAGACCGCCGUUCUCGAUGAACAGAAGCGCGACGAACCCGAUGCCACAACCUACGGCACACCGGUCCCCCAACCUCCUCUCCAACUUGGACAGUGCCUUCCCUGUUUUCCCUGUCAAUCGAAGCGCGACUCCCCCGACGCAGGAUAGGUUGGACCCCAUGUACAACCAGCGUUAUGCCGCGCCUAGUCCCUUGUUUGCCCCGCUCAGUCCCCGAACGAACGGUGGAGAGAAUGUAACGAGACGAAUGGACAACAUUUUACCUGGGCCAUUUGAUGGAAGAGACGAACGCAGACCCAACACCCCUGCAUCUAGGUCGGCUACACCGUCGGGGCACAGAAGAACCGAGACGCAAAGUAGCAUAGCGGAUAAGGGGAGCAUGCACAAGCAACGGACAUCUCAGGGGUCGAAUGCGUCGCGAGGCUCUGCAUAUUCAAAUCGCAGCCUCAACCAAGCCAAUGCUGCGCCUGCCACAUCGCCUUCCUUCAAGGAAGAACAGACCGAUGGCAUCGACGAGUUUCUCGAAAGCUUACAGCAAGAUACUCUGACGAGACCAGGACAAUUGAACCUAGAAAACAGGUCGAGGACCUAUCCGGCGCCACAAGAAAACAGACAACGAAGAGAGCCUCCGCCCCGGCCAAGAAGACCUUCCACCAAGGAUCUUCCCCCGCAGAAUAUCGCCGAUUUCAUGCCUCGUGCAAACAACAUGCUUCCUCCGGCUGCGCUCAGCCGUAGUGGCUCAGACUCCGCUGCCCGACAGAAUUCUGCUCAGCCUCUAGCCCUCCAGUCGUCCACUGCCAGAAGCGAUGCACCAUUAAACCCACUGCAAACUCCUUCAGAUUCCGGUCUUUCCGAUGAUUCUUAUGCCAGUUCGGGCUUUAGAAGCGGGGCAAGCUCUCGAUCAAGUGGUCCAGGAUCUGAAGGAAGUCAUUCUCGAGAAGUCUCAAAGAUCAGCCGACCCGAUGAAAUUGUGGAGCAGAGGGUUGGACGAACUGCCAGUCCUGUGUCUCGUGCAGAGACGCGCCCGGCUCCUCCACAGGCGCAGGAUCGUCCAGAGCCUAGGAGCUAUGUGAUUCCUCGGUCGUUGUCACCAGGAUACCCGCCAGCAACGGCUCCGGAUCAUCUUAACUAUCCAGAAUCUCCUAUGGACCCGGCCAUCAUGAUGGGAGGCACGUUCAACAGGCAGCCCCGUAGACCAUCUCCAUCUCCAUCACGAGAUCCUGCUCUGAACCUUGGGCAGACCCCACCAAAGCGCGUGUCUGAUCCAGAGCCACGGCAGCAAGAAACUCGUCGUGGGACGCCUCCGAGCAAGGGUAAUUGCCGGGGAUGUUCCGAACCUAUUGUUGGGAAAUCCGUGAAAGACUCUUCGGGUCGUCUCACUGGACGCUACCACAAGCAAUGUUUCGCGUGCAGGGCCUGCGGCGAUCCGUUUCCCACAGCAGAGUUUUAUGUCUUCAACAACGCGCCUUACUGCGAACACCAUUAUCACGAGCUCAACGGGUCGCUCUGCCGAGCCUGCAACCGCGGCAUCGAAGGCCAAUACCUUGAGACAGACUCGCGACAAAAGUUUCAUCCAAGGUGCUUCACAUGCGCAACAUGCCGAGUCGUUCUACGCGACGAUUACUUCGAGGUCGGCGGCCGAAAGUAUUGUGGACGCCAUGCGCAACACGCGGCCGCCCCACCCCAGAACUAUCUUGGCCCUGGAGGCUUCCGACCGCGGAACGUCCAGAAACGUCGGACGCGUCUUAUGAUGAUGGCUUGA